GAACGAUGAUCACACUCUUUGUCACUCUUUACUCUCUGCUUUGUCUCUGCACAGCUGAAAAAACUUCUGACAUCAAGGAGCUUCACGUGAAAACAGUAAAGCGUGGAGAAAAUGUAACUAUGGAGUGUAACUUUAACAUCAAAAACAAAGAUAAGUUAGUUUGGUACAGACAGAGUUUUGGAAAGUUUCCUCAGUUUUUAGCAAAAUCCUACAGUGACACUUUGGGCUACAAAUUUGAUACACAAUUUAAAGAUAGCCGCUUCAGUAUUACUGUAAAUGACCAUAAGUUUGAUCUCAACAUUAACGAAACAAGAGAAGAUGAUGAAGGAGAUUAUUUCUGUGUAGAACUGGAGGGAAGUUUACUAAAGUUCACAUCUGGAACACGUCUUCAGUUUGAAGGUAAACUCCAGUGUUCAGACAGCAGCGAUGGAAAAGUUGUGCAUUUUCAUCAUUUCAGGAAAUGGAUUAUUGCCUUAACAACCUCCAUAAUAAUAUCUCUUAUUCUAAUCGCGGUUCUGAUUGGAGUUUUAUUUAAAAAUCAAAGAAAAGGUGUUUCAUCAAGAAACCAUCAAAUUCCCACCAAUCAGGCUGAUGAUGAAGAUGCCUUGAACUAUGCAGCUGUGAGUUUUGCUAAGAAACCUUCAUCCUCCAGAACCUCCAGAGACAAGAGCCAUGAAGAUGUUUAUGCACAAGUUAAAAUAAAAUAAAGAGAAAUUAAUUCAGACUUGAAAAACUAUAUAAAUGUCAUUAUUUAACAAGUUUGUAGACAGAUGUGUCAUUUUUUUAAUCGGACAAAAACUUUUUAUUGCUGUAAGUUUUAACACCAUUU